AUGGGAGACAUUCUUUGCAGAAUUGUUAAAUUUGCUCAAAGUUUUAGCAUGAUGUCAUUGACAAAUAUCGUAGUAGCAAUGGCUAUCGAUCGGUGUGUGGCUAUUCUAAAGCCGUUAAACGCAAGAGAAAUUAGAGUAAUGUAUUUGUGUUCAGCAGCGUGGUUCACGGCAUUUCUCUUAUCAUUACCCAAUAGUGUAAUAUUUAGUGUUCGUAUGGAACAAGGUCAUCCGAAAUGUAUGGCUUUAUUUCAGUUUGAAAACAAUUUAUUAGCAAGGCGAAUUUAUUUGACAUUUAUAUCUAUUGUGGUUUAUUUUCUUCCAAGUUUAACAAUUUUAUUAUGUUAUGGAUUGAUAUUUCUCAAAUUAUGGCAACAAGAGCGUCGAUCAACUAUAAAGAUCUAUGGUGUAGUUAAACAGCCCGAUGGUAGUGUCAACAGUGAUAGUAACACAUGCGGACACAUAGAGUCAUAUGAUUCACAUAAAAAGAAUAAAACUUUAAUUAAAAAACGCAUUUCAUUUCCUGCACAUUCAACAAUUUAUGGUCGAGCAAAAUCAAAAACAUUCUGGAUGAUUAUUAUACUCGUUAGCUGUAUGAUACUCUUCGGUUUGCCAUAUUACUGUUUAGAAUUGGUAAUUUCUUAUCGGGGUUUUGUUCCAAAUGAAAUUGUUUAUGCCAUUGCCGGUACAAUGGCUGUGGCACCUUCAUCCGUUGAUCCAUGGAUAUUUCUCUUAUUUUGGGUUAAAAGGAAUUCGUCAUCGAUAAGAGAAAAACGACAACAUCCAACAAAUGAAAAUGGUAAAUGUAAAACAUUAAUGAAUUCAAAUUCAAAACAAAAACAGUUUCGGAAUACUCUAUAA